UGACAAGACGAGUUGGAAGCUGCGGCUUUUCGUUUGGUUCACCUUUCCACUCCGCCCAUGAUUCUUUCCUCUUUGCACAUGCCCUUCCUCCGCCCGUCCGCCCGUCCACAACCAGUACAGUGCUUCUUCUGCCUCUCCCCUGCCCUCCUUCCCCCUCGCGCCCAUGUGCCCCCGCCCGCCUCGCCCGGCAGAAAGGGCAAGGAACGCAUCGCAGAACCCGGUACCAAGUGGAAUUGGCAGUGCGAGCGAUGUGGAUGCUGGAACAUUCGUGACGCUGCCGGAGAGAUGAUGUCUGACCUCCCAGCUAUGCACAACUCGACGUUCAACUCCAAGUCCUUUGCUCUGCGAGCCCAACCUUCGUCAAGCCAUUUACCGACCGCAUCAUCGUCAACUUCGCCAUUCUGUCGGAAUUGCCUGACGAACCAGACGCUGGUCAUGAACUUGUUGGCCAAUUAUCUGCCGGAUGAGGACGACCCUUCUUAUCCUACACUUUACGCCAACUUUUCCGACUACCUUUCUUCCCUUCACGCUCGCUACCCCCCUGUUUGUUCCAGCUGUCAGCCUGCGGUAGACGACGCACUCCGUAGAUCUGACCAUCGAGCGCAAAUGGAAGCCUGGGGAUCGGCUCUGACCCGUGGGAAGCAGAUUGCCAAGGGCGAUCCCGAAGUGGCCGUCCCAGAGUUGGGCAGGCGUUACUGGAGGAUGAAGUGCGCGUUAUGGAUCCUCACCUGGGUUUCUGGCCUUUCCCAACAAACAAUGUGCUGGAACUGGUAUAUGAACGGAGGCGAAGCGGACAUAAAAGAGUUUAUCCCAUCUUCCCUCAUCGUAACGUCUACAAGCUGUAACCUCGCCAUGCUCCUAUGGGUCCUUUUCGAUCUCUGGCCCGAGCAAGCGAGAAAUGAAGCGGAGAAAAAGCAUGCUUUCAAGACUUUUCCCAUGAUUGUUUCCCUUUCAACACGACUUGUCGCCUUUUGCUGUCUUUUGUGCGCAACCAGACAUAAUAGCAAUGAACAUGUGCGGUCCAUCCCGCUGGUCAUUGGGUGGACACUGUUGACCGUAGAAACACUGUCGUUUUUUAUCCUCUUUUACUACGCCCAAGGGCCUGGACCGGUAGUACCCAUCAAACUAGUGCGGCCUGUACCCGUAACCCACUCCCCUCAAACAGAUCUCACUACUCAAAACGCUUCCCAACUUGACGGUCUGCACAGUCUCUCAUCCCACACCCAACACCCACAAGCUCUCUCUCCCAACCCUGUGUUUGGCCAACCAUCUCUUCAACGCCCUGUCGAAGAACCGGAACCCGAGCCAAUGGAUUGGGAACCUUCGCCGAUCGUUAGCAAGACUGGCGUCUCUCGUCCCCCUGGGUGGACCGCUGUAGAUGACGAGGACGAUACUGCCUCACAUCCUAAAAAGGCCGAUUGGGACAGUUUUGCGAUAAAUAAGCAGCGUAUGUUUCCCCGUGCUGGUCAGGAGGAGACCGGUCUAGAGAAUCUCCUUGCUGGUUGGGGCUUGGAUAACGGCUUGGAGGGUGCCCCUCGAGUACAGACCGUCAGGAACGAUGCCAUCCUGAAGAAGAAGUAUAUGGGGUUGGACAAAGCAGCUCAGAUGGUCCUAUUCGCCCUCUUCAUGAUUCGCCUCUUUGGCGCAGCUGGUUUCAAUGCUUUAUCAUCAUCUGCUCACUUUGCAAUCUUUUCCCGCGCAAAUAUCUUCCUCCUCUCCUCUGAGCUUUCACUCACAAUCGUGCGCCUUUUGCUUAUUUUCACCACUCAACCUGUCUCUUUUCUCAACCUAGGGUUGGCUAUAUUUGAUGCUGUCCUGCGAGGAAUGGUUCUAACGUCUCAUGAUUUUGUUGACGUUUUGCUGGAUCAGUUAGGAGACGAGAGGAUACGAUGCGUGGAAUGGGUGUUCUGGGGCUUUUUGGACCUUGUGGGGCUCUCUAUGUAGCGGCGGACAGUGCUUUGUCGAUGAUCUUUUUGUGUAUGCAACAACGAGAGGACUCAAAUUU